AUGUACUCCGCCGGCUACGGCUUUGCCAACAAUGCUGCUCCCUCCUUCAACAACCCUGCCCCACAGCAGCCCGGAGCCCAGCCAGCCGGCCAGCAGAUCAUGUAUAACCAGCAGCAGCAGCAGCAGCAGUUCGCCGGCAUGACUCCCCAGGGAGCCUUUGCCCCCGGCGCGAACCCUCAAAUGAUGCCCGGUGGUCCUGGGAUGAUGCCAAACGCCGGCAUGCCGCAUAUGGCUGCCAAUGGUCAGAUGGCAGGAUACCAACAGCAAUUCCAAGGCGCCCCCUAUGGCCAAGUCGUUCCCUCGUCGGUCGGUCCUCAGAGCUUCAACCCGAAUUACAUGAUGGCGGGUGGUAUGCAGGGUUUUCAGAUGAACCAGGCUGGGAUGCCUCAGCAGCAGAUGAUGCAAAGGAUGCAGCAACAGCAACAACCACCGCAGCAACCGAACCCUGCGGCUAUGGGUCAAGUGUCGACUCCUCAGAGACCCCCGAGUGCUGCUCAAGGUACACCGACCAACGCCUUACCUUCUCAACAGGGCCAGUUCCCGACCCCUCAGCCUCCAUCACAAAGCCAAACACCGACAAACCAGCAACAACCACCUCAACAGCCGCCUCAACCUCAGCAGUCACAGGCGCAGCAGUCUCAGCAGACACCUGCCACAGCUUCAACACCUCAGACACCAACCUUUUCCUCGAAUCAAAAUCCGGUAGUCAAUGGAGGCUCGGCCGUAGCAACACCUUUGAGCCCAGGAACAGAGUCUCGCGAAAAGGAGCGAUUUUCUUUACUACUGGACAUCAACCAUGAACUUCUCUACGAGUCGAUACAGCUCCAAAUGACGCAACAAGAACUCAAAAAGGAGCAUGCGGGAGAUGGAAACACUGGUGACAAGAAGCCAACAGAAGAAGAAACACAUCUGCAACAAGACUACCUUCAAUGCAUGAGACGGUUGCAGGCAAACCUAUCAUAUAUGGCAGCUCUGGCAGACAGGAAGCCUGAAGUCAAAGUGCCACCAUGUCCGCAAUAUCUCAGUGCUCCCCCUUUGCAUCUGAACCUCAAACUCAAAGCACCAGCUUUGGGACCUGAUGGUGCAGAGAACAAAAUCGAUCCAGUGGCAGACCGUGAAGAGCGAGACAAGAGUAUCAAAGAUCUCUACUCACGGCUACAGGCCGCGUUUCCUACGAUUGAUCCCAAGAAGGAACCAGUUUAUCGCAUGAACACGCAAGGCCAGAAGCCAGGCAAUGCUGCAAACCAAGCUAGUCCAACGGCUCAAAAGACACCUCAAAUGACCAACAUGCCAGCACCUCCAAUGCCUCAAGGCAGCAUGCCCUAA